AUGGCAAGCCCACAUCACAUCGCAAUGGAGCUCCUCGACGCCAAGGCCGGCGUAUCCUCCUCCACCGUCGCCGUCCACCACAUGUUCGUCGUCGUCCUCGACGGCAUCGAGACGGACAUCCACGAGGGCACGCUCCACGGCAACCCCGGCAAGCUCACCGUCACCAGCCCCGGCAACCUCUCCGCCGACGGCCUCCACAGCGUCCUCGUGCGCGGCGGAGGAGGGGGCACCGUCGCCUUCACCCUGUGCGGAGACGCCGCCGCCGAGGGCGUCCACUCCGCCUCCUUCGUCCAGUGCGGCGCCACGCGCGUCGACGGGGCGCGGGCGGUGUCCGUCUCCCGGUGCCGGUCCGUGGAUGUGGAGCAGGCCGGCAAGGUCACACUCGAGAGGUGCCGGGAGGUGCGGCUCAGAGGCGGCGGCCUGCUCCGCGCCACCCGCUGCAGGCGCACCGACGUCGAGAGCUUCGGCGAGGUGCGCCUCGCGCGCUGCAAGGGGGCGCGCGCCGACUGGUGCGGCAGCGUGGAGGUCGAGAUGUGCAGGGUCGUGGACGUCAGCCGGUGCGGCGCCGUCACCGGCGACCGGUGCCGCGUCGUGAACGUCUCCGCCUGUGGCAGCGUCGCGGUCACCCACGCCGUGGUCAAGAUGCUGGAGGAAAAGCAGCUGCAACCUCAAUCUCAGCAACCUCUGUCUCCACAUUCCAGUGACAGUGAAUGAAAAGCAGCAAAUGGACAGCAGCUCCCGUUGGAUGUAGAUAUUGGGGCUCAAGGAGUUGAAUUGGUUCAAUAUCAAAUGGGCCUAGGUAUUGAAAUGUGAACCGAUUCGAAUUAUGUUGUUUGCAUGUAGUACAUGUAAUUGGCACUUGUAAUUCAAGAGUAGAAAUCAAUUCAAAUUCCUGUUUCGGUGGACA